AUGGCCGCAGCUCGAGCGAAGCUCGCCGAAUUGAAGGCACUGAGAGCCGCCGGAAAGAAACGCCUGGCAACUUACGAAGUCAAAGACGAAGGGAACAUUUACGAUGAAAUCGAUGAAGACGGAUACAAGAAACUUGUGCGGAAGCGUCUUGACCAGGAUGAUUUCGUGAUUGACGAUACUGGAGAAGGAUAUGCGGACGAUGGACGUGAAGAAUGGAACGACUCGAAACACUACUACAGUGACAGCGACGGCGAUGAGUUACCAUUGACGGGCAAAGCUGCCAAAAGAAAACGAGAGGAGGAUCAACAGAGGAAGGAAAAGAUUAACAAUGGUAUUAGCAAAUACUUCAACACCGGCCCAGCGUCCAAAGCCUCAAAACCCAAGCCUGUUGCCACUGCUGAAGAUGAAGCAUUUAUGGCGGGCCUCCUUGAAGAAGUCGACACCAAGCCCCUACCCUCUCGUCUUCCUCCCAAAAAGACAGUGAAAUCGGAGACGCGGCGGAAAAUUCGGAUUUUAUCACCGCCUCCUUCUCAGGAUUCGGCCUCCAAGCAACCAAAGGACAGAAAAGAAAACGACACAUCCAGUCCACUAAUUGCUCCCAAAGCAGAAUUGGAUCCGGAGAAUGAUUCUACGUGGUUGGAUGCUGGACACGAUGACGACGUGUUUAUGAGUGAUCCAACACCAUCGUCUCCAGUUGCACGGGCCAUUGAUCGGAAAAUCAAGAAUAAUAUCAAGGUAGAAGAGGAGGAAGAGGAUGAAUUAAUGGCGGUUACACAAACGACUGCGCACCACGAUGUAAAUGGCGCUAGAAUUAAUAUGACGGGCAAACGGCCGGUUCCAAAAGUCAAGGAGCCGACAUAUCCUUCUCCUGCAACUUCUUCUCCUCUUAGAGCUAAUCCAGAUGGCAUCGAUCCUUCGUCCUGGAACGAUGUCACGAGCAAAUUAAACGUUUUAAGCAGUCCAGCAACUACUGACUUUAAGACAUUUGGUAAACUUUCCGCCCAGGACGCCAUCGAGGAGAACGGAAGUCUCCUAUUCUUCUGGCUAGAUUAUGUCGAAGUCAAUGGCAGCCUAUGUCUCUUUGGAAAAGUUAAAAAUAAGAAAACAGGGGCCUACGUUAGCGCCUUUGCUAAAAUUGACAAUGUCUUACGAAAACUUUACUUUCUUCCCAGGAAAUACCGAGUACGUCAUGGCCGUGAAACGGAAGAGGAAAUCGACAUGGAAGAUGUCUAUAACGAAGUGGAUGACCUUAUGUCGCGGACGAAGGCGGGCACGCAUAAGAGUAAAGUAUCGACAAGGAAAUAUGCAUUCGAGCUCGCUGACGUUCCCAAGGAGGGGGAAUAUCUUAAAGUCAUGUAUUCUUAUGAUAAACCCGCUCUCGCAUUUGAUGUCAAGGGGGAGACUUUCUCUCGUGUUUUCGGAACUAAUACGGCACUCUUCGAGCAGUUUGUGCUCUGGAAAAAUAUCAUGGGUCCUUGCUGGCUAAAGCUCGAAGAUGCCGACUUCACUGCCGUGAAUGGGGCAUCAUGGUGCAAAUUAGAAUGCCAGGUCUCCGAGCCUAAGCUUAUCACGGUGGCUCCAAACUCCGACAGCUUGGAAAUCCCCCGACUAACGCUGAUGAGCCUGGCAUUCCGAACGCAACUAAAUGUGAAAGAUAACAAACAAGAAAUCUUAGUUGCAAGCGCUCGUGUUUACGAGAAUGUAUUGCUUACUGAUACUACGCCCGCUGAAAAGUUGCCUUGCAAGACUUUUACAGUGAUGAGGCCUUCUGGUCAUAAUUACCCGAUUGGGUUCGAAGCCGAAACACGGAAACAUCGCGGCACAUUGAUGAUGGAGAAAAGCGAGCAAUUUCUCCUUAGCAAGUUCAUGGCUCUGUUUGAGAAGAUGGACCCCGAUGUCCUUAUGGGUCAUCAACUACAAGAGGUUGAUUUUAACAUUUUCCUGAGUAGAUUGUCUGAAAAGAAGACACCUGGUUGGCAUCGCAUUGGGAGGUUGAAGAGAAGUGAAUGGCCAAAAAGCCUGUCGCGAGGUACCAGCUUCUUUGCAGAAAGGAAACUUGUAGCUGGAAGACUGCUUUGUGACAUUGCCAAUGAGAUGGGGAAGUCUUUGAUGUUGAAAUGUCAAUCGUGGAGCCUAACGGAGAUGUGUCAAUUGUAUCUUGGAGAUGGCAAUCUACGCCGGGACAUCGAUAAUGAAGCAGCAUUAAAAUCCUGGGCAACCUCAAAGGAGGGGCUGAUGAAUUACACCAACCAUUGUGAAGCUGAUACUUAUUUUAUUGCUGCACUCGUUCUCAGGCUUCAAAUGCUUCCCCUGACUAAAGUGCUCACGAACUUGGCAGGAAAUUCGUGGGCGAGGACUUUAAGCGGUACCAGGGCUGAGCGGAACGAGUAUAUCUUGUUGCAUGAAUUCUAUCGGAACAAGUACAUCUGCCCUGACAAGUAUGCAGGUAAACAGCAACAGAUGUCACAAACGAAUGAGGAAGAUGAGGAUGGAACGGACAAGAAAAAGAAGGACAAAUAUAAGGGUGGGUUGGUGUUUGAGCCCGAGAAAGGCCUGUACGACAAAUACAUUCUUGUCAUGGAUUUCAAUAGCUUGUACCCCAGCAUUAUUCAAGAGUUCAACAUCUGUUUUACAACUGUGGACCGGACAUCAGUUGUCGAAAAUGAAAAUCAGGAAAAUGUUCCUGAGGUUCCUAAGGCCCAAUCUAUGGGAAUUCUCCCGCGACUCAUUGCAACUCUUGUCAACCGUCGACGUGAAGUCAAGAAACUCAUGAAAGACAAACGCGCAAGUCCUGAGGAUCUUGCACUUUGGGACACCAAGCAAAUGGCAUUAAAACUCACGGCCAACUCUAUGUACGGGUGUCUAGGUUACACGCAGUCUCGAUUCUACGCUCGACCACUUGCUAUGCUUACGACCUUUAAAGGACGCGAGAUUCUUCGAAGUACAAAAGAGCUUGCCGAGAGUAACCAGCUGCAAGUUAUUUACGGUGAUACUGACUCCGUAAUGAUCAACACCAAUGCGGACAAUAUGGAGGACGCACUAAAAGUUGGCAAUACCUUUAAACGUUUAGUAAAUGAACGAUACCAGCUGCUCGAGAUUGACAUUGAUAAUGUCUUCCGUCGCCUCCUUCUACAUGCAAAGAAGAAGUAUGCGGCUAUUAACAUGACUGAGGUUGAUGGCAAGUAUGUCGAGCAACUCGAAGUCAAAGGCUUGGACAUGAAAAGACGAGAGUACUGCGCUCUAUCUAAGGAGGUUUCUUCGAAACUUCUGCAUGAGAUCUUGUCCGGUGAAGAUUCAGAUGUAGUUCUUACCAAGGUACACGACUACCUCCGCGACAUCACGAAAAAAAUAAAGGAAUAUUCAAUCCCCUUGCAGAAAUAUGUUAUAUACAUGAAAUUGUCAAAACGCCCCAACGAGUAUCCCAACAAGGAGACUAUGCCCGCAGCACAAGUAGCCUUGAGAGAGCUAGCCCGAGGGAAGACCGUUCGUCCAAACGAUGUUAUUGCCUACAUCGUAACCACUGGAGACUCUGACACGUCUUCCUUAGCGCCUGCGAAGCGAUCGUACACAUUGCAAGAUGUGAUGAAACCGGAUUCCGGCCUCAAACCCGACGUUGAAUAUUACCUACUCAAACAAAUAUUCCCCCCAAUUGAACGACUCUGUGGCCCUAUACCAGGCACUGACGCGGUGCGACUCGCGGAAUGCCUCGGUCUUGAUGUCAAAAAGUACCAAAUCAAUACUUCCAGCUCCCGCGAUCAACAGAACAUGGAAAUAUUCCCUCUCGAAUCGCAAAUCCCAGAUUCUAUCCGCUUCAAAGAUGCCGUCAGGCUGACACUUCGCUGUCGAUUCUGCCACGAACGAACUUGUUUCGAAGGUCUGUGCUUGUCAACAGAGAUGUGCACUGCCAACGGACUCAUAUGUCCCAACUCAACCUGCGGGAAACCAUUUUCAGUUAUAUCUGUAGUUGCGCAACUCGAAACCCAGAUACGCGCUCAAACAUCCAAGUACUAUGAAGGCUGGCUCGUCUGUGAUGACCCCUCCUGCGGCAAUCGCACGCGCCAGAUGAGUGUGUACGGUCGUCGAUGUCUGGGACCCCGCGGCCGUGCGGAAGGCUGCCUCGGCCAAAUGGGGUUCGAAUAUACGGAUAAGCAACUGUAUAACCAACUGUUGUACUUUGCGCGACUGUGGGAUGUAGACAAGGCAAAAGAGGCUGCUCAAAAGGAAACUAAUACAGAGAAGCGGGACAAGGUUAUCGCGAUGGUCGAGUGGAACCGGUCACGUUUUGGGACCUUAAAGGGGGUUGUGGACGCGUAUUUGAAGAAAUGUGGACGGCAAUGGGUUGACAUGGAGGUUCUUUUUGGGUUUGCUUUACGAUGA